AUCUUGAAAUUUUUGAUGUUGUUCAGGUGGGCAUCCAUAGUUGCUACAAGUAUUAUUAUUCGGUUGUUAACUCUUCCAGUUAUGAUUAAUCAGCUGAAGUCUACUUCACAACUAACGCUUCUGAGGCCAAAGAUGGAAGAGAUUAAAGAAGAGAUGCAAAAUAAGGGUAUGGCGCCAGCAGCAGUUGCUGAAGGUCAACAAAGAAUGAAUGAAUUAAUGAAGGAACAUGGAGUUUCAAUGUUCACUCCCUUAAAGGGACUACUGAUACAAGGCCCGAUCUUUGUCAGCUUCUUUGUUGCUAUUAGGAACAUGGCGGACAAUGUUCCUUCUCUCAAACAUGGAGGAGCAUUUUGGUUUACUGAUCUAACUACUCCAGAUAGUAUGUAUAUCCUUCCAGUUUUGACGGCUUUGACAUUCUGGAUAACGGUGGAGUGCAAUGCUCAAGAAGGAUUGGAGGGAAACCCUGCCGGUAGAACCAUAAAAAAUGUUUCACGGGCCUUCGCUGCGCUUACUAUCCCAUUCACUGCUGGUUUUCCUAAGGCAAUAUUCUGUUACUGGAUAACUUCAAAUCUCUUUUCACUCUCCUAUGGUUUGGUGAUAAAAAAUCACGCGGUCAAAAAGAAACUAGGUGUUCCUAUAAUACCUUUCAGUCCUCCAAAAGAACAAAAACCGGGAGUCCCAUUUUUCGAAGCACUUAAGAAAUACGCGGCAGCACAACAGUACGUAGCAGCGAAGCAGCGCGCAGAAAACCAGCAGCCGGCUGUAUCAUCGCCUCCUUUGGAAGAAUCAAGACCUACAAGUAAACGAGUACCAUCAUCGUCAGUCCUUAGUCAAAGGAUCAGAAGUUUAGAGAAAGAAGUGAAAGAAAGAAAGAAGAACAAGAAGAGGUGAUAGGAGGAUAUUGGUAAAACUUGAUUGCUAGUUAUAGGUUAUCGCUAGUUCAUAUACGCAAUUAAAAGCUGUAUUUGUUGAAAUAAUCAGGGCAGAGAAGCUCAAUGAUUUUUGGCAAUUUAGUGAGUUUACACCCUUGAGGGUCUUGGGGAGUAAGCAAGUUUUGUUUUCUUUCAAAGUAUAUCUCACAGAGACAACAGUAACCAUAAUAUCUUUAUUUCUCUGCAUCAGCCAUAAUUGGAGAAAGAGAGCUUGUAAUGUCGCUGUAAUUGGCAAAUAUCUCUAAUGCUAUUUGCAAUUGUGAGGCAAAAUACUCUUAUGCUAAUCUGUUGAAACUAGUUGGAAAUGUUCCAAGUUUGUGAUUAUAUUU